AUGUCGGACAUUCUUCUGGCUGAGUACACAUUACGUCGGGCCCUGCACGAGCAUGCUGGAGACCUCAUGGUGACCGGUAGCCCCCACAUACUCUGCUCAACACUGCCCAAACAUUGGCGUUCUAAUAAGUCUUUGCCCACACCUUUUCGAGUGGUGAGUCUGAUCCCGGUGCCCGAUGGAACCCGAGUUGUGCUCACAGCCGGCAACGAGGAGAGACCCUUCGCGGAACUGAAAAAUGCCGUAGCGAUCAUGCAGAACCAAGAAGCUCGGUUCAAUGAUCUACGCUUUCUCGGCCGUAGUGGUAGAGCCGGUCCAAUCAGUUUUCUCACUAAUCCUGCAUCUAUGUUUAUAGGAAAGUCAUUUAAUGUGACCAUCACUGUGGAGAGCAAUCCGCCUCAAGUGGGAACCUACUCGCGCGCGAUAAAGGUUACCGUAGAUGGGCCGCGUGUUCCACGGAACAAAUAUGGUAAGUUUUAUCGUCUAUAUUUUGCAUUCUUCACUGUUUAA